AUGUCUUUGCCAGGCCAAGAAGUUUAUUGGAGACUGUGUGACAAAGAUGGAACAUGCUAUUGCGACUGGCGUCUAUUUCUUGGCGAUUGUGUUAUUGAGGACAGAAUUCACAAAAUCCUUCUAGUUGGCGCAAUAUUUGCUAUAAUAGUAUCUGUUAUAGCCGCAAUCCUACUAUUUUAUCGAAUGCGAUACAAGAAGCAGCGUAUUUGGAUAGUAUCGGAACGUACUGGAUUCAUUCAACCAAGACCAAUUGAUUCAGUACUUGUUAUGGCUAUUCUCACUAAUUCUUUGCGGGCUAUUCAGACAUUUUUGGUCUUAACAAAUACUUAUCCUAAUGUUAUAUUUCGCUCAUUCAUUCAUGAAUUUCCUUGGCAAUUUGCUGUAUCUGCUCUGUCAUGCUACUUCUUUGGUAUUUCCCAUACAAUUGCAGACUCUAGUACAACUCUUUCUAACGAGUGGUUUCGCUCCCCACUUCUCAUUGACAAAUUCUGUACUUUUGUUUUCAUUAUCCCAUUUAUUACAAACAAUAUAUUUUCCAUAUGCUCUGGAAUAUAUGCUCAUAGGGGAGAAAUUGACGUUGCUUACAUUUUUACCCGGGCAUUGCAUUUGACCUGGGGUAUAUAUUGCUUCUGUAUCUUUGUUAUCCUAUUUUCGUCUGGAUACCUUUUGCUAAGGGUGCUCAAACGCCAUCGAGCAACACGUAUACGAAAUGGGUCAGACAUUUCGGUCAUUGAUACAGGAAUUAUCAAGGUCAAGAUAAUUGUUACUGCUGGAGGUCUGGCGACUGUCAUAUUUACAUUCUUUUCCUUCAUGUACGGAAUCUUCCGAAAUACUAUUACAAUGAACCCCGUUCUCUCUACCGGCACUUGUGUCAUAUGGAUGAUUGAUGUUCCACUGGUAACACUGCUUAUUGAGAUCGCUAUUCUCUUAACUCCAAAGAUUACCGUAAACCUUGGACUUUCUGAUCACAGUUCGAAUGAAGAUAAUAUGUCUUAUCCCCGAAGAGGCUCCAGAUAUUCACACAGAGCUCGCUCAUCCUCUCUUCCUCAAAAUCGACAGCAUCCUAAACAAGGCUUGCAAAAUAAAUUAGGAUCAGCCCAAAAACGUGACAGCAAAAACGAAUAUGUAUUUGCUAUGGAUGUUAUAAGUAGCAACUUGAUUACCAACUCUCGUACAUUCGAAAUCGAAGGCACUGGUCCAUUCAACAGACCCUUGUCCGCUCCCACCUCGCCUGGCUCACCUACUUCACCUGGGACACCAGGAACAUCAACUCGACCACAGUAUAAUUUCCAAUCUAAACCUAAUAAUAUUUCGACUGAUAGCAUUAAGAUCUCUACUGUAUUGAGUCCACCGCCUUAUCACUCUAAUAAGGAACCAAAGAAAAGAUCUGUAGACAUUACUCGUAGUACUAAUGAUAAUUCAUAG